AGCGAUAGAAGCCGCAUGACGCUCGCCCAAAAUCGUUCGUUGAAACUGAAUUCUUAAGAUAGUUUUUCCCCGAGCAGUUGUUUUAAGCUAAGAAUCGAAAUUCGAAGCAUUAGACAUUUUCAAAAGUAGUAAUAUGUAAACUGCUAUCCCUGCUAUCAAUUCGCUUUCGACUCAUCGCAACUAUCAACAAUGAUACCGACAGACGAACCGCCGAAAAGUGAUGUCAAAGCCAACAGCAAUAACAGAGAUAUUAAAACAAGGCCGAGCAAAAGUGCGCCGCCGGCCCCACCAACCAAGGUUGUUAUACGACACUUGCCUGCAUUGAUGACUAAAGAGAAUUUUAUCGAAGAAGUGUCGCCGUUGCCAAAAUACGAUUAUCUUUCAUUUGUGAAUGCCGACCCAGAGCUAGGACAGUUUGCAUUUUCUAGAGCGUACAUCAAUUUCUGCAAUCAAGAGGACAUAUUCAUAUUCACAGAAAAAUUUGAUGGUUAUGUUUUUGUUGACAGCAAAGGCGAUGAACACUCGGCCAUAGUAGAAUUUGCUCCAUUCCAAAAAACUCCCAAGAAGGCGAAUCGAAAGAAGGACCACAAAUGUGGUACAAUUGAAACUGACCCUGAAUAUCUUAAGUUCUUGGAAAUCUUUGAAAAGAGCAAUGACUCUGAAACUCCCCCAUCAUCUGCUGUCGAAAACCUUGAGGAAAUUAAUGCUAAAGAAAGGGAAUUGAAAGCAAACAAAGGUGGCGCUAAGGUGUCUACACCUCUGCUUGAUUACUUGAGGAAGAAGAAGGAAGACAGGAUCCGAAUUAGGGAGGAGAGAAAAGAAGAGAGGGAUAAGAAAAGAGCAGAGAAGAAGAAAAUUAAGGAUGACGAGAAAAAGAAACAGAAGGAUAAACGAUAUCAAGAGAAAACAAAACAGUCAUCCAAUAAGGAGAAAUCUGAAAAACCUGCGCCAAGAGUCCUGUCAGCCAAACCCAAAGAAGACACUGCAAAAAAAGAAGAAGAACUGACUAAAAAUCUUAAGGACAUGCUGAAAAUUGGGGGAGAAAAGGAAACAGCCGAUGCACCAGAAAUUCCUAAAAAAGAGCACCAACCUUCAGAGACUAAGAAACAUCAUCCUGGAAAAGACCACAAGUCUGAUAAGCCUGAUCAAAUGAAAAAGAAAGAAAUAAAGCGUGACAAGAAGUAUCAGGGUCCCUCGGAGGAAAAGAAGAGCACGCAACAGAACUUUGUUAAGUCCGAGAACAAAAGUAAACCUGUCAGUCAUCCAAAGGAAACAAAGAGCUACAGAGAGGAGCGGCAAAAGACGAAGGAAGCUCGAGCUGCACGCGCAGCAGCUAAGCAGGAGAGCGCCAGCCAGCAAAGCAAGCCAGCCGAACCUGCAGAGCAGCCCAAGGCAGAAUCUGAAGACUCGACAAGUUCCUCUAAAGGUCCUGUGGAGGGAUCCUCCAAGCCAAACAGAGUGCGAAACAAGGACAGGCCAGCUAUGCAGAUCUAUCGGCCAGGCAUGUUGAAAAGAGGAGACAGCAAAUCAAGCACUGAUGGAGCAGAAGCAUCUUCGUCUGCCAAGCAGGGUGGCGAAGAGGUUCAAAAGCAAACCAAAUCAAGAACAUUUGUUUCAAAACGUCGAAAGCCUACAUCCAACGAGCAGCACGAAAGUUCUGCUUAAAUUUUGUUUUAAACUAUGAAACUAAAGUUUUGAAUGAAAUCAAAGCCUGCGGUAUAUGGUAAUAAACACAAAAUGAAUAAAAUCGUACAUGUUUCACUGUCAGUUUGUUAAUCUUUGAAAAAUACAAUAAUUAAUACUC